CAGGACGACGUGGAUUCGGGCAGCUUCGAGCUCGUGAUCCCGGCGCCAGUCAUCCCGGCGUAUAGCCUGGAGCACCGCUCAGAGCUGCUGUUCUCCGUGGAACACCUGCGCGUGAUCUUCUCAGACCCAAUAUUUCUGGGCCGCUUCACGACCUUUGUCAACGUCUAUAGACCACACUCUAUUCCGCUGCUUCAUUACACGCUAGACGCGCUCAAAGCAACCCGCGCCAUGGACUGGAUGAACGGGAUCAUCACACGGAACUUGCGACUCAGCGAGCAUGAUGUCGCGCUGAGGUCGACACCCGAGCGAACGGUCAACGACAGCCUGCGGCAGACAACCGAGGCAGCCCUGGAAAUACUGGCGAGGGACGAGCUGCCAGCCUACACCACAUAUGUCUGGAUGGUCAUCGUCGAGGCGUCGAUGAAGAAGAGGAUCAGGGGCACCAUGUCAGCAGACCUGCAGGAGAUGAGCGAGGGGCUUGCGGAGGUGUAUUGCAUCAGCGACCCGGCGAGGGCGGAUAAUCCGAUUGUGUUUGCCUCGGAAGAAUUUCACCGAACAACACAAUACGGUCCAGACCACGUCCUCGGCCGCAACUGUCGUUUCUUGCAAGGCCCCAAGACAAACCAGUCUGCGGUGCAGCGCAUCGGCGAGAACCUCAAGCAGGGCAGAGAGCACUAUGAGACGCUGCUCAACUACAGGCGUGACGGGCGCCCCUUUAUGAACCUGCUCAUGUGCACGCCGCUGCUCGAUGCCAAGGGGGUCGUGCGCUACUUUCUGGGCGCGCAGAUCGACGUGUCGGGCCUGGUCAAGCACUGCUCGGGUCUUGAGUCCCUGCGCAGACUCGUCGACCGUGACGAGGCGGAGCGCAAGAGGGUGUGUGACCCCGAGUCCGCCUCAGAGUCGCCUGCAGGCAGGAGAGACGAGUUCCGGCUGCUGGCGGAGCUGUUCUCCUACCCAGAGCUGGAUACCGUGCGUCGAUUUGGCGGGCGCAUGCACAGCAGCAGCAGCUUCUCGCAGGAGGAGCGGUGCUGCGUGACGGCCGGCAUGGAUUUGACCUCUUUGAUUGGUUCGCAUGACUGUCCUUCAAAGGGGGGCGUCGACUCAUCAGCUACAAAGCCGCAUGCUGCGGUCAGUGCUGCUGCUCCUGCUACUACCAUCUUUGAGAACUACCUGGUCGUAAGACCAUACCCUUCACUGCGGAUCCUCUUCGCGAGCCCGUCCCUCAGGGCCGCAGGAAUCCUCCAGAGCCACCUGAUGAGCCGAAUCGGCGGGAGCCAGAGGAUCCACGACGAGCUGGAGAGCGCGUUCGCGACGGGCCAGAGCGUGACGGCCAAGGUGAAGUGGAUCGCAGGGAGCGGGCUGCGAUACACGGCGAGCUCGGGCAGCGGUGGGGCGGCAACAACGGCGGCGGUCGGGCGACCGCGCUGGAUUCACUGCACUCCGCUGCUGGGUGCGGAUGGGGGUGUCGGGGUGUGGAUGGUGGUCAUUGUGAAUGAUGAGGACGGGGAGGUUGUUGUC